AUGCAUAUGGAUUUGAGUCUCCAAGUCUUGCAUAGUGUAAUGACAUUGCUUGAGAUACAACUUCAAUCUUUUUCACAAAGUGUUUGCACAAACAUCCACAUGAGAGAAUUGUCUAGUGAAACAGCAGCACAAGUUCAAAAGCUUAUUCACACAGUGAAGUCAAUGGCUCCAGGUGUAUUCAAAUCAAUUAAGUCCUUUAAUCUCCAUACCUACAAGACUCAUGCUUUUGGCAACUAUAUCCAGUGCAUCCCAAAAUUUGGUACUUCAGAUUCUUAUAGCACAUAG